AUGAUUCCAGCCGCAACAACACUCUAUGUUCCAGCAGCAGCCGUUGCUAACCAACAGCAAAGAUAUUUCGUCAUUCAACCUACACCCAUUGUGUCAGCAGUUCCAGUAUUCAAUGGACCAUAUGUUUAUCCAAGUUAUGGUUUUGUACCAAAAGUCGUUGAAACAAGUUUCAAAAAAGAAGAUAUUGAACAACAACAAAACACUCAGGAGCAAGGUGGCGACUAUUAUCAACCUCACCGUUCUCGUUCACGAUCCAAAUCUCCUCCACAACAUCAUCGAAUGUCACGUCGUGAUGAAUAUGAACAAGAUCAAGAGGAAUUACAUGUAGAUAGACGAACUAAACAUGACACCGAAACCAUCGAUGAAAAAAUACAACGCAUUAGAAGAGAAUUAGGUCAGUCAAAUGAACAGCGUCACGAUAAAUCUGUUGGCACCAUCGAUCACUACAAACCUCCACAACAACAACAAUAUGUCCAUUACCGACAGUCACAAAAUGAACAACAGUAUUCAUCAGAAACUAAUCAUCAACGACAGCAACAACGUUCAAGAUCUCGAUCUCGCUCCCGAUCUCUUUCUCGUCCACGAAGUGCUGGUCCGCGAGAACCAUGGCGCUCGAGUAACUUAAACGAUUAUCCGUGGCGUGACUCUCAUUUGCCUGCUUAUCGUGAGCACACAUUAGAAAAACAACAAGAUUUUGAUUCAUCUCAAAGUCGUCCAUCGAGUAGUCAGAAUUUUGAAGGUUCUCGAGGUAGUAGUCAUUCACGAAGCCAUAGUAAUCAAAGACAAUCAACUUACCAAAGCCAACAAGAUUAUGUUUAUCGUCCAAAAUCGGAAACAGAAGCAAAAAAAUGGUACACACAAUCAACUGGCAAAGAUCCUGAUCGCGAAGUUUAUCAAAUGUUAAGAGGUGGUACAACAACUUAUUCUUAUAAUCAAAAUAAUAAUUCAGCUAGUUACGGUGAAAAAUUUCAUGUUCAGCACAAUGGUAAUAGCAGUUAUCAUCAUCAUCAGCCAUCCUAUGAUUGUUCACAUAGUAGCAGUGGUGGUCAUGCAUUUUAUUCUGAUAUUCCAAAACCAACAAAAUCCCAUACAUUAAAAAAACUCGAUUCCACUCAGCAUCAUACAUUAUAUGGCUGUAAUGAACCGUGCUUACACAUUGUACCAAAACAAGGCGGCUCAUUUGAUCCACCCUACGUGAAAAUUGUCAAUGCGCCAGUUACAUAUUUACACUGA